UAUGCAACUAGAAAUGCCGGGUCGGUGAAAGAUAACAAACAGACUGCGGUCGGGGAAAGUACUUAAGUUAAGUUAAAAAUUUUGAGUAGGCGACAGCACAAAAUGAACGCGCUCCGUCACACAAUAUCGCUGGUAUCGCUGGGCACCUUUCAACUGGUGCGCCGGACCAGGGGGCCGCAUGUCCGGGGCUUUCUCCUCGGCACGGGACUGGGCCUGGCCAGCUUUUCGGCGGUCACGUACGCACAUUCCGCGGAGGCGGUCGACCCAAAGGUCAAAGGGGUGCAGAUGGACACCUCGCGGUUUAUGGCCGAGCCUAUCACAGACUCCAAGGCACUGCUGGGCGACAAGGAAAACAUGCGUCAUCGCAUGGAGAUCCUGAUCAUGGAGAUCCAGGCGGAGUUUUGCCGCGCUCUGGAGGCGGAGGAGAACUGCGGCCAGAAGUUCAAGGUGGACCGGUGGGAGCGGCCUGAGGGCGGUGGCGGUAUCACUUGCGUUCUGCAGGAUGGCGAUGUAUUCGAGAAGGCUGGCGUCAAUAUAUCCGUGGUCACCGGAUCCCUGCCCCCGGCUGCAGUGCAGCAGAUGCGGGCACGCGGCAAGAACCUGAAAGAAGGCGCCUCAUUGCCAUUCUUUGCCAGCGGUGUUAGUGCCGUGAUCCAUCCAAGAAAUCCCCAUGUACCCACCAUCCACUUCAACUAUCGUUAUUUCGAAGUGGAAACUGCCAAGGGGGAGAAGCAAUGGUGGUUUGGUGGCGGCACGGAUCUGACGCCCUAUUACCUCUGCGAGAAGGACGCCUCCCACUUCCACCAGACCCUGAAGUCCGCCUGCGACGAACACGAUGCCACCUACUACCCGCGCUUCAAGAAGUGGUGCGACGACUACUUCCGCAUCAAGCACCGCAACGAGAGCCGCGGCAUUGGCGGAAUCUUUUUCGACGACAUCGAUUCGCCCAACCAGGAGGCGGCCUUUAACUUUGUGUCAAGCUGCGCCAAGGCCGUGAUUCCGUCCUAUGUGCCGCUGGUGCGAAAACACAAGAAUCGGGAGUACGGCAACAACGAACGCCAGUGGCAAUUGCUGCGCCGCGGACGCUACGUGGAGUUUAACCUGAUCUACGAUCGUGGCACCAAGUUCGGCCUUUACACGCCUGGAGCCCGGUAUGAAAGCAUCCUGAUGUCCCUACCCCUGCACGCCCGCUGGGAGUACAUGCACGAACCCAAGUCCCAGUCCGAGGAGGGCAAACUAAUGAAGGUCCUCAAGAAUCCCAAGGAUUGGGUCUAAGCUAUGUCUCUCUUUUUAACUGUUCUAAAUCGGGAAUUGGUGCCUUUCACACUCUAUUUUAAAUUAAAUUUGUACAUAUUUUAAUUGUUGUUGCAAAUAAAAAUAAAAUGUUAUAGUUUCAAAACUA